AUGAGCCAUUGUCCUGUAGAAUAUUCAAAUCCUAAUUCCCAGAAUACCAUAUCUUAUAUUACCUCAGAUUCUGUUAUUAGUGUCUCGUUCGCAGAUUGUCAGUCGUCUAGUCCUUCAUACCACUCUCUGUCAUCAAGUACGACUCUUCCUGGUGUUGGCUCUUUCUUGGAUAAAUCAAAUCACCUUUCACACUAUUCUCCUAAUAAAUAUUAUGAUACAGAACCUACUGUAAUUCCGGGACACUCUUACGUUGAGAACACUGGCGUUUUCGAUAACAAUCUUCCUUAUCCAAUAAAAUCGGAGGCCAUUCACGAAAUAGUAUCUGGAACGUUUAUUACUCCAGAUGCACACAACCAAUCAUGUUUUACAUCUCCUUUACAACCUCUAAAAUCAUUAAACCCAAGUCUUCCUGUCCAAUCUAGUGAAUCUUUGUUAACUGGUUUCACUCAUCCACUUUCUAUGAACCAUACUGUUUUAGAAGACGGUGGGUUAGAUUUGGAUCGAGUGUUUGUCGCUAUUAUUAAUGAUCGAAAUUCUGAACAUGAUAUCUUUAAUGAUACUGAUGUUAAUUGUGACAGUGAACGCUGUUCAAUUGAUAAAUCAAAUUCCUGUAACAAACAGUUACUUAAUAAUAGUAUUCAGUCGUCUGUUAACCAAAGUAUGCUAACAGAUGAUUCAGAGGACAAAAGUUUAUUACAGUACUAUCCUGUAGUAGAUACUGAGAAGACAACUCAACAUCAAACCCAUCCAAAAACAUCCCCCAUUUCAGAAGUUGACCAAACACGCAAGUCCUCUGGAUCAUCUGAAGUUUCAACCCGAAUGUGCGUAGUUUGUGGUGACAAAGCUUCAGGGUUCCAUUAUGGUGUGUCUACAUGCGAGGGUUGUAAGGGUUUCUUUCGACGUGCUAUACAGCGUGACCAAUCAUAUACUUGUGCUAAAAAUGGUACAUGUGAGAUAAAUAAAACGCUUCGUAAUAAAUGUCAACAAUGUCGACUCCUCAAGUGCAUUGCUGUGGGAAUGUCGAGAGAUGCUGUUCGUAAAAGGCGUCAUGGUAAAAAACGGGAACAGUCUUCUUGUGAAUCAGUUACCUUGCCUAGUUCAGAUUCCUCAAACAAAUAUGAAACAUCAGCAUAUUCGUCAGGUUCUGCAGACGUAGUUUUAACUCCAUCUGAAGCACAUUUAAAUGAAACUACACUUAAGCCCCACGAAAUGCCAAUAACACCAACUAAUUUUCAACCAUCAUCUUCAUCAAUACCAUCUUCUACUAAUAUUUCUUUAACCUUAUGUAAUAAUAAUACUAAUAGCGAUAAUAGUAACAGUUUGACUAAGGAAGAUCAACAAACUCUAGACAAAUUUGAUCGUUUUUUAAAUUAUUGUAAAGAUCAAGCUAUCAAAUAUCAGGCGAAUAGUUGGAAUAUUUCUAAAUCUGAUUAUUAUCACUUAUCAGGAUCUUUAUCAAGACAUCUAUCUCCCAUCAAGCAUACUCCCUAUGAAUUGGGUGAAUCAUUAAAGCUUCUUACAGUAGAUGAAAUAUUUUGUCCUGCUCAACUUAAAUUUACACAUGAAUUUGCCUGUCAUUUAGAGCAGUUCAUACGACUUUCUCAGCAUGAUCAAUCUAUCCUAUUAAGAGAUUGUUUGCCUGAACUUGCUAUAUUAAUGUUAUGUCGCGAAAAUCGGAACAAGACUCAUAUGAACUUUUCAUCUACAUCAAUAAAUUAUCAAUUGAAUUGUUUAUUUAGUCCAUGGUUUCCGAAUGCAGUAGUUACAGAUUCCUCUCUGGAUUGUCUACAUAUGACUUGUGAUAGUAUAACUUCUCAAAGUAUUUUUCAAUUUGCUUCAAGACUUCAACGAUUACAUUUGACAAAUAUGGAAUUUGGACCACUUGUAGGUGUGAUACUUUUUACUCCAGAACGUUCUGAUCUAUUAGAUAUUGACUUUGUUAAUCGUACACAAAAUUUAUGGGCUGAAUUAUUACGUCGUUAUUGUGAAAGUAAUGGAUCACAAACACGUUGUGCUCAUUUAAUUAUGAUUUUAUCUACACUACGUGAACUUGCCUCUAAAAUAACGCAUAAUUUAAAUGCAUGGUAUAAAUUAUCCAAUACUCCAAUGUCAAAUUGUCUUAAAGAAUUUCUUUAUUCUUCCAGUUUUAAUUCAAUGGAUGAUUGUUUUUAA